AUGGAAAGUCAAUUUACCUACGAGCACUUGUCCAACGACCCUACUGGCCUGUUACACAAGAGAAAUGUUGCAGCUCCUAUCGGACCUUUCGAUGGAAGGCUGGGUGCAUUGGUUGAAAAAGGGUGGUUCAUGGUGACCCCCAAUGCAUUAGGAUUGUACCAGCCUCCUCUUGGUAUCAACCGGGAGAUGUACAUGCGAGCAGACUUUAGAUAUGCCGCCGACGACCCUCUAUUGUGGCCGCAGUUCUACGUACGCUCGGAUCCAUGGCUCAGCUGCAUACGAAAGCGUCCCAAGGACCCACUUGACCCCUUCCUACCACUCUACAAUCCUGUCGCUCGCUCUGAUUUCAGUACAUCUGGAUCUGCAUCACAGGACAGUCAACUCGGAAAGUUUUCGGACGCGUCCUUCAUUUGUCUACGCGCGGCCGCUCAGAAAGUCAUUGACAUAAUUCGUCUGGCAGUGGCGGAGACGCAGCGCGUAGCAAUUGAAAUGCGUGCUAUCAUGGACUAUAUCACAAUUUACCUGCCCACGUAUGCUGGCAACCAAUCCGAUACGGAGCUCAUCGGGGCCUUUACGACGGACCCUAUUAUCAUCGAAGAGUUUUUCAGAGCCAGAAUUCCUGUAUGGCUUCUGCUCAAGUUGGACCGACUCCCUUUCACACGAAUCGAUGCCUACACCUCCCCUUUAGAACCAAAUCAAUAUCUUAAUAUUGAGUCUCCACGAAUACGGCUUCGAUCGGUCUUUAUCGGGGCCUCUGACCAAGCUGAAAAGUACAAGGCAUUUCAGGCUCUUUACUCGAAAUCACUUGAGAUUGCCGAACCCUUUUGCGCUCGUCCCCGGCGAAGUUCGUUUGGACCCUCCUCUACCAGAGCCAUUGUCAUCAACACGCGGAAAACCAUAGCGAAACAAAAGCAUCCGAGUCAAUCUAACCAGACGAGAUUCCUUUCAGUCAUUGUUCACCCUCGUUUACCGCCUGCUAUCCCGGUAUGGCAGGCUGCGGUGGAGUCCACAAGCUCAGAUCGUUCUCGAUGUUACCCAGAAGCAAGGAUUGCCGAAGCAAACGGAUAUAUCUUUCCACGACCAGAUAUCUUCAUUGGUGCACAGGACGAACUGCAAAGCUCUCGAACUCGUGAAAGCAUGGCUAUGCCUACGUCCUCUGCUACUGGCACGAGUUUCUUGUUCAUCGUAUUCAGCACAGCCGUUUGGAGAGGCAUAGAGCUCGAGAUGUUAACAAAUGAUCAUCAUCGGGAAAUCGCCUGGGAGCUUGCAGAACUCAACUUCAGGUUCGAGUUGCUAGCAUUGGAUGCACGAGCAGCGACUAACGGAGGAAACCACGAUUUACUCCUGCGCUGUCUACCCAACGGCCUUACCACGGCAUUUGUCGCAGUCGACGUCGGCAGUGCUAAUCAUGGGCUAGGACAUCCGACUUGGCGGCAGAGAGCUCCAUACGUGUUUCCAUUGAUGAAUGCGAUGCGCUCUUGGAAGGCUUGCCCGCAUUUGAUCCAACAGAAGAGGACCAAUUAUACGGAAGCACAAUUUGAUGAGAUCGAAAAAUGUGUUGCUCUUUUCUAUGUGGAGUCGUUCUUUCGCUUCUUCGGUCGUGCACCAGUCAUUCCGCGUCAUCUCCCCCAUUCUCCGCAGACUUCGUUUGUGCCCGAGACAUGUGAGGAAAUGUAUACAGAAAGAUCGGGUCUUGUGUUUGAUAUUGCGCAGUUCCAUGAGCAGUAA